GCCAUGAGAGAGUGGAGAGGGGGAAAAAGAUUCUUCAGAAACUUAUAAAAGUUACCUGCCACGGCUGGAAUGACUAGUGGAAGACACUCGCAGUUCUAAGUGCCAAGUACCGGAGUAACAGAAUGGACGAGGAACAAGUUCAGAUGCUCAGACGAGCAUUCUCCAUGUUCGAUUCGACAAAAUCGGGUAAGAUCGAGAAAGAGAAGGUCAGGACAAUUCUGAACACUCUUGGUCACGCUUUUGACGAUCACGAGCUUGAAGUUCUGCUCGAACAGGAAGAUGAAGACGGAAGUGGACGUCUGAAUUUCGACUCGUUUUACCGCGUCGCCAGUCACUUCCAGGAGGAAGACGACGAAGCCCUGCAGAAGGAACUCAAAGAGGCCUUCAGGCUCUAUGACAAAGAAGGCAAUGGCUACAUCCCAACCAGUUCCCUACGUGAGAUCUUGGCCGCUCUUGAUGAUCAAAUCACACCUGAUCAGAUGGACGGUAUGAUUGCUGAGAUCGAUACCGACGGUUCUGGAACAGUUGACUUCGACGAGUUCAUGGAAAUGAUGACUGGCGACUAAAUGCAGCAGUCAUGGGAUACUCAGAAUAUUAAGGAUGAUUUCAAAAAUAUACGCCAGCGACCACAUAUUCAUAUGAUCCUUGUAUCCUGUAUCAACACAAUGUAUCGUGUAUUCAAAAACAAUGAAGUCAGGACAAUAAAUUAUUACCAGUUUCUAUAAUACGUAAA